GGUCCCCGCACGGAGAGGGAGCCGCGCCGGGCCGGGCCGGGGCCGGUCCCGCCAUGGAGGAGCCGGGCUGCGGGGCGCAGUUCCGCGCCGCCGUGCAGGUGAUCCAGGGGCUGCCGCGGAGCGGUGCGUACCGGCCCUCCUACGAGGAGAUGCUGCGCUUCUACAGCUACUACAAGCAGGCGACGGCGGGGCGCUGCCAGGGCCCGCGGCCCGGCUUCUGGGACCCCAUCGGCCGGUACAAGUGGGACGCCUGGCACAGCCUGGGCAGGAUGUCCAAGGAGGAGGCGAUGGCCGCGUACGUGGCGGAGAUGAAGAAGGUGGCCCAGAAGGUCAUUGACACCGUGCCCAUGGACGAGAGCACGGAGGAGAUGUUCCGCUACUUCGAGCCGCUCUACGAGGUGAUCCACGACAUGCCCCGGCCCCCCGAGUCCUUCUUCAAGAGGAAAGGGGAGAGCCAGGGGCAGCGGGAUGGCCCCAGCCAGGACGUCCCAGCGAGCAGCCCGGCCCCGGAGAGCCCCAGAGACACCGUGCCUGGCGAGCAGCAGCACGGGCAGCACGUGCCAGGGGCUGGGCCGGCUCCUGCCCCUGAGGUGCUCGAGGGGACCCAGGUGACGAGUGACUCUGAGGGGGACACGUUCUGUGACACCCUGGAGCAGAUGGAGCCUGAGAAGGCCGGGCAGGUGCGGGGGCUCACCCCAAAGGGGGUCCAGGCUGGGGCUGAGCCCCCAGAGCCCCGCAGUGGGCAAGGCGAGCGGGGCGAAGGCAGAAGAGCCGAGGGGAGCAGCAGCACAGACCUCCCAGCCCUGGGCUCCGAGAGAGGUGUCCGGCCGGCCGGGGGGGACCCCGGGAGCACCCCCGAGCUGGCCCCGGGGCUGGCGGCGGAGCUGGAGGCCCACGUGGCCAGCACGGUGCGGGCGCUGCAGGAGGAGCUGCGGCGAGUGCGGGAGCGGCUGAGCCGGCUGGAGACGCUCGGCGCUGCCCAGGGGGAGGCAGCUGGGACAGACCCCGGCCCAGCACUUGCUCCACAGGCGAUGUCCCUGUGGCGCCUGACCGUGUCCCUGCGCACGCUGCUCUUCCUGGCCACCUGGCCCUUCGUCACCCAGUGGCUGCUGCGCCACUGGCAGGGCAGGAAGAGGUGACCACCGCGUCCCCGCCGCCACCGCCACCCCUCUUGCCCAUCCCGCUUCGCACGAGCCGGGGAAUCGCCACGGAGCCACGCGGGAAUCGCCUCAGCAGCCACGGGCUCUGCGGGCCCGGCCGGGGCACCCCGGACACCGGCACCGACACUCAGGGCCGGCACCGGGGCCCGGGCGGCCGCCCCACCGCUGCCACGCACCGACGGACCAGGAGCAGCCGCGGCCCCGCGGGUGGCACGGACAGCCACGGGCCACCGGGGCCGCGGGGGCUGGGACACCACCGAACCUGCCUCUAUUAAAGUUGCCUUUUCGGUUCA